CAACACCCCGCCAUUUCAUUUUCUUUCCUUGCCAAUUUCUCCCUAAACUCUGAAUGAUGAACAAAAAUGAAAUGGGUAUGAAAGUCAUAAAAAAGAGUUUUGAGAACAUGGCAGUAACUCCAGAACCCGUGUCUCGAUCCACUGAUUCAAAUGGUUUAGAGGUUUGUUCUCAGAAUGGUCGGAAAUCAGGAAACCCAGUUAGGUAUGCUGUUAAAGCUGUUGCUGGAGUUUUUAUUGACUGUUUUACUCCUCCAGAUGACGAACAUCCUUCUUCUUUGAGAAAACAUGGUGAUUUUCAGCAUUGGAAAUCAUCUUCUGUUUCAUCUGGUUCAAAUGACAGCAAGAAACAUCGUAACGAUCGAUCAAGCAAACCAAUUUCGGAGUAUGAUCUUCUAAAUGGGAAGUUCACCAUGGCACAAAUAUACAAGGCAACAAAGGAUUUUUCCCCUUCAGUUAGGCUUGGUCAAGGAGGCUUUGGUACUGUCUAUCGAGGAACUCUCGAUGAUGGCACACUCGUUGCUGUGAAACGCGCUAAGAAGAAUGAUUAUGGUAAGCAUUUAGGAGCAGAAUUUCGAACCGAAAUCCAAACGUUAAAUCAGAUUGAUCAUUUGAACUUGGUAAGGUGUUACGGGUAUCUGGAAGAGAAAGAAGAGCGAAUUCUUGUUGUCGAGUAUGUUCCUAAUGGAACUCUUCGAGAACAUUUAGAUUGUUUACGAGGUGAGGCUUUGGAUAUGGCUGCAAGGCUUGACAUUGUAAUAGAUGUUGCUCAUGCCAUUACAUAUCUUCACAUGUACACAGAUCAUCCAAUCAUUCAUAGGGAUAUCAAAUCUUCAAACAUUCUUCUGACAGAACGUAAACGAGCAAAGGUGGCUGACUUUGGUUUUGCUCGAUUAGCUGCUGAUAGAAACGCCGGUCAUACUCAUGUGUCUACUCAAGUUAAAGGCACUGCCGGAUAUUUAGACCCGGAAUACCUCCAAAGCUACCAGCUCACUGAGAAGAGCGAUGUAUAUUCCUUUGGGGUAUUGUUGGUGGAAAUUGUGACAGGUAGACGUCCUAUUGAAAAUAAACGAAUGGUGAAAGAGCGGAUUACAUCAAGAUGGGCUAUAAUGAAGUUAACAGAAGGAGAUGCAAAAGCAACCCUUGAUCCUCGAGUAGAAGCGACAACAACAAAUAUCAUAACAGUAGAAAAGAUCCUCGAACUGGCCUUAAUAUGUCUAGCUCCACACCGAGUAAACCGGCCAACAAUGCAAAGAUGCGCAGAGAUCCUAUGGAGCAUACGCAAGGACUUUCGAGAGCUAUCAGCCGCUUCAGAUGACGGACCUCUCUCCUCAUCCUCCACACAGUAAGACAGCUCAAUGGGAGAUGCCGUGCUAGAAUCAUUAGCAACUACACCACUUUCCGGAGCUCAAUAAGCGAAGAGAGCACAUUAUAAACAGUUUUUUCCCGUUUUAGAUGUUAUGGGUAUUUUACGACAUUAUAUAGUGAAGAGAUAUGUGUUAGACACCAAAAUAAGUAUUAGAAUUUGAGUUGUAUUGAUCUUUAUAGCAUAUCCGGUGUAACUACAAGUGAUUUAAAGGAGAAAUAUACAUAUAUUACACAA